AUGACCGCCACUCUCACCUCCAGCAUCGAUGCCGAGGGACAGAAGGAUGCCGCCAUGGUCGUGGUCGGCCGCGACCACAUCCUCAUGACGCACGACGAGGCCACGAAAGUGGUGAAAGGGUCGCUCGAGCUGCCGAAGCCAUACCACGUCCUGGGGCUCAAAAUCCCGGCCUACAGCCACCCGCGGGUGCAGGCGGCCAUGUUGGGCCUGGUGCUCCUGAUGACGGUGGGCAUGUACGGGGUGAUCAUGUCCCUGGGCGGCGCGGGUCAAGAGACGGCGUACCUGGCGGACGUUUCCAACAUCGCGCUCUGCGCCGUCUUCACCGUGUUUUGUUUUGUGGCGCCGGCCUUACUGAUGUACUUUGGCUUGCGACCGAUGCUCUGCUUCGGCGGCGUCGGCUACGCGGCCUUUGCGGCUUCGCUGUGGUGUUACAACCACACCGGCAACACCGGCUUCGUCAUCUUCGGCGGCGCGUGGAACGGCCUCUCGGCCGCGACUCUGUGGCAGGCGGUGGGCACGGGGGUCGCGGCCUACGCUGCCGAGGGCCUGAAGGGCUUCUACAUCUCCAUCAUGUGGUCGAUCCUCAACGUCGGCGCCCUGAUCGGAGCCGCCAUUCCCCUGGGCCAGAACUGGAAUGCCGGCGACAACAAUGGGAGCCGGGUCAAUGAUGGGACUUACAUCGGAUUCUUCGUCCUCAUGAUCUGUGGCUCUGUGAUAGGCCUGACUCUGUAUCCAUGGCAGAAGAUGGUGCGCGAGGAUGGGUCGCGAGUCACCCUCGGCGACCACAAGACUCUCAAGCAGGAGUUGGUGUCGAGCUAUCGAGUGGUCAUGGCCCAUCGGUGGAUCGUCUUCUUCUUCCCCAUGAGCUGGGCCGUCAACUUCUAUUUCAUCUACCAGGGGAACCAGUAUAACGGCGCCGUCUUCACCGUCCGUGGCCGGUCACUCAACGCUCUCCUGAAUGGCCUCGGGGCCAUCAUCGCGCCUUGGGUUCUCUGGCUGAUCACGGACAAGCUGCCUCUGCAGCGACGGGGCCGUGCGCUGGCCGGGGCCAUCUACGUCUUUGUGCUGGUCAACGCCAUCUGGAUCGGCGGCUACUUUGCCAUGCGCGAAACCGUCAUGGGUCUCACCGAGGCCGAACGCAUGGACGUCUUCAGCCCCGGAUACGCCUCGCAUGCAUUUUUGUAUUUCAUGUACGGCUAUCUCGAUGCCACCUACAACUGCUUUUCCUACUGGUUCAUCGGAGCCUUGAGCAAUGAGCCGACCGAGAUCGCCGUCUAUGCAGGCAUCUUCCGCGUCCUGAACUCGGCCUCCCUGCUGGCCGCCUACGCGCUCAACCUGGACAACUACUCCAAGGAGUUCAUGUUCGGAUGUAGCUGGGCCUUCACCGCCGCGGGGCCGGUGUUUGUUCUCCCCAUCAUCAAAUACUGGAUGAACGACACCAACAUGGUGUCGGCCAGCGAAGUCGACCUGAUUGAUGGCACCGCGGUGGAAGAGGGUGAAGUUUCCGAUCUCAAGCACGGUGCCGAGGUCUCUGUCACGACUGAGAAGUCCUGA